AUGUUCUUCAGACUGUUUGCCAUCUUUGCUAUGCUGGCGGUUGCCUUCGCCAACCCCAAACCUGACCCAGCAUUGACGUAUGCAGCCCCAGCCGUAAUACCAUACGGAUAUUCCGCGUACUCACCUCUGGCCUACUCUUCACCUUAUACUGCCGCAGCCGCUUAUCCCUACGCCUAUGGAUACUACUGUACCUUCGCUAAUUUUCCACCUGGACACGCUCCGAUACCUGGACCUUCUCUAGAUGCCAUGACAAUGAUUUAA